CAGCUCGUCCGACCCCGAGUCUGUGAGCGGCCUCUGAUCCGGACAUGCUGUCCGUGUGUGUGUGAGCUCGGUCUUCUCUCUCUCUCCUCCAACAGACACUUCUCCGUCCAGGAUUUUAACUAAAGUGAUGCAUUCACCGUGACCGGCUGCUCAGAGAAGGCGGAGGCGGAGGAUCGGCGGUGACGACUUCGGCGACUUCGGACGGAGUGUGUCCCUCUCGUGCGUAACUUUCGGCUGGAAGAAGAAGAAGAAGAAGAAGAAGUAGUAGAAGAAGAAGAAGAAUACGCAGUGUUUUUCUUUUCUUCUUCUUCUGUGGUUCUGAAACUGUCCCGUGUCCGUGCGGCUGAGGGAACAGCGCCGGCGGUGGAACCGAGCGACCCCCGUGCGUCGCGGUGGGCCGGGAUCUGUCGUGUUGCAGCGCAGGAAUGCCUCGUCGUUCUUCUCCGUAGCUCCAUGUCAGAUCUCUUUGUGGCGCGGCUCCUCGCCCAGCGGACUCUGCCCGGCUGCUGCUGCUGCUGCUGCUGCUGGAGGAUCUAAACACGAGGACUGUUGCUGCCGCUGUGGUUCUCCUUUUCUUUUCUCGUUUCUUCGUGCGCUGUCAUCUGGGUGUAAAUGGAUCGCCAGUGCAGUUUCAUUUCCAUCUGGCUACAACUGGAACUCUGCGCCAUGGCUGUGCUUCUCACCAAAGGAGAAAUACGGUGUUACUGCGACGCGCCGCACUGCGUGGCCACCGGGUACAUGUGCAAAUCAGAACUGAACGCCUGCUUCACCAAGGUCCUGGACCCGCUCAACGCAAACUCGCCGCUCACGCACGGCUGCCUGGACCCCGUCACCAACGCCGUAGACAUCUGCAGCGGCGGCGGCGGCAGCUCGAGGGCGGCGGACGCCCUCAGCGGGGCCCCGUCCACGUCGCUGGAGUGCUGCCACGACGACAUGUGCAACUACAGAGGCCUGCACGACCUGGCGCACACCAGGGACUCAACAGAUAGCCGGUUCCAGCCGGACAGCAGCAACAGGAACCUGGUGACCCGGGUCCAGGAGCUGGCCUCGGCCAAGGAGGUGUGGUUCCGGGCGGCGGUGAUCGCCGUGCCCAUCGCCGGCGGCCUCAUCCUGGUGCUGCUCAUCAUGCUGGCGCUGCGAAUGCUGCGCAGCGAGAACAAGCGGCUGCAGGACCAGCGGCAGCAGAUGCUGUCGCGGCUCCACUACAGCUUCCACGGCCACCACACCAAGAAGGGCCACGUGGCCAAGCUGGACCUGGAGUGCAUGGUGCCGGUCACGGGCCACGAGAACUGCUGCCUGACCUGCGACAAGAUGAGGCAGGCCGAACUGGGCAACGACAAGAUCCUGUCGCUGGUGCACUGGGGGAUGUACAGCGGCCACGGCAAACUGGAGUUCGUAUGACUUCCUGCCGGGAACUAUGAGACUGUCGCCUCCCCACAAGCAGCCAGGGCUGCCUCUCGAUCGCUGGCCUUUUUUCACCCCUUAUUUCUUAAAAAGACAUUCCCAUGUUUUUCGUCCGUCGGACUGUUGGGUUUAUGUUUUUUUGUUUUUGUCCUUUUUAAACCAGUGGCGAAAAAGCACGAGACUGAAAUCACGCCGUGUGGUUUUUGCUAGAGGAGCACUUUACUUGAAAAUGAAAGGCGAGGCAGCGAGAGGCUGUAUUUAAGCUUGCGAGGGGCAGGACCGAGGUGGAGGGAGAUUCUCCACCACUGCUCCCGAGGAUCCUGGACUUUUUACACUGAGCGCUGAAGGAUUCCAAAUCUGUCUUAUUUGCACAUUUGUAGAAAAAAAAAGAAAAGAAACGGAACAAAAAAAGAGUUGUCAUGGCCUCUAAAAGAAUUUUUACACUGACACCAGGGUACAAAAGAAAAAAGAGACUCGUCCGAGGAGUUAAAAAGAAAAUUCAGUGUUUGACUGUAGGUGUGCACACUCCUCUGUGUACGUUUCAUGAUUCAAGCUUAUUGUAAAGAUUUUAAAUAUAUGUGUAUAUAUAUAUAUAUAUAUAUAUAUUUUGUCUGAUAAAACUGACUGACUGUGUGUGUGUCUUGUUCUGGGCGAGUGUUCAACAUCUGUCUGUGAUCGGACUAUAAGCUUGAUUGUGAGUGUGAAAGAAAAAAAAAAACUUCCAUUAAAAGUGACUUUUUAUUUA